GUUACCGGUAGGGCGGAGAGUUGUCAGGAUUCCGGUAGACAGUGACGGUGCUGAGGUGGUGAAGUGCGGGGAAGAGUUGUGCUGACUGGUCACAGGUGUCGGUGAGGAGAGCGGCAUUGAAGGUCAGGUAUGGAGAGAAGAGCUUGACUAUGGAAGAGCAGAAGUUGACUGUUUAUACUGGGCUCUUUGUCGAGAGAUUUAGUGUCAGAUGCUGCUCUGGCUGUUACGUUUAGUGAGAAUGGUUCUGCAACAGGUUGUCCAUAAUAUGGAGUCGGAUUUUUUUCAGGUCCUGUGGUCAAGUAAACCAUAUGGCUCAUCUCGAAGUAUUGUCCGAAAAAUUGGGUCAAAUCUGCCUAUGCUACAAUCGCCAAGAGUUCACUUCCAGUUCAUUCCAUAUCCUGUUGCACUAAAUGCUGCCAAUCAAAAUGGUGCUGUGGUACCCUCUUUUGCUGAUGUGGGAUGGGUCGCUGAUGAGGAAGAGGGGGGAGAAGCAUUUACUAGGCUAAGGGCACAGAAUUAUGUGCACCACAGUCUGUCGUUGGAAGAUGAGUUAAGCCAUUAUGACAAGCCACUUAGAAGACAGGUAUCCAUGCCUGCUCUUUUGAAGGAGGCGCCAGAGAUCAGAUUGCAGCCAGCAGCCAACGAAGAAGCUUUGCAGAAGAUCAAUGUAUUGGAAAAUGAACUGGCUACCUUGAGAGCACAGAUUGCCAAGAUUGUUACUAUCCAAGAGCAGCAAACUGUGACUGCAGGUUCUGUUCUACCACCUAUUUCACCUUGUGCAGCACCUCUGCCCCCUCCUCCUCCACCACUACCACCUCCACCUCCUGCUCUUCACAGAAGUGUCUCUGCAAUUGAACUCAUUAAGGAGAGGAAAAACAAGAAGAGCAAUGUAGAAACAGUGGUAGACAGCACACCAAAGAAGGCAGAAAUGCCAAGCAUGUUGGAUGUUCUAAAAGACAUGAACCAAGUGAAGUUGCGCUCUGUGAAAAGGAUACCUGAAGAGUCAAAACCUAAGUCAUGUGACCCAACUGACCCAGCAACACUUAUUGCUGAAGCUCUAAAGAAGAAGUUUGCAUACAGGUAUCGAAGUGACAGCCAAGGGGAGUCUGACAAACAUUUUCCAAAAUUGGAGCCAAAGAAGGCUGCAGAAACACCAAUGUUUGGACCUCACAUGCUGAAAUCGACAGGAAAAAUGAAGACUCUUGUUAAAUCGACACAUUCCUGAAAUAUAGAAGAAGCUCUUCUCCGAUUCCUGGCUUUUAACUAGGGCUUGAAGGAUCAAAAAACAAGAUGUGCAAUGUAUUUUCUUCUAAAGGGAUCUUGUGACUUGAUCACAAUCUGUAUAACACUAAAUCUUGCCAUGCCAAA